CGGCGGAAGGUGGUGGCGCUGCUGGCGUUCCAGACUAUGGACCGUGACUGGAAAAGAGAAAUCCGCGUCUUAUAUGAUUAACAAAUUGGUUCUUUCCUUUUGUUUCUCUUGCUCUGAACUGUCGCGUUUAACAAAGUCAUUCGGAGUGUUUUUAAAAGAAAAAAAACGUGGCUACUCGAAUUAGUGAGAUAAAUUUCGCAACUCAUACAGUGAGUGCUUUGCAAUACAUAUCGAAGAGAAAUUGGUACAAGGUGUCGAAAUUCACGAACUGUUAGUUUUGAACGAAUGCCUCCAAUUAUGACGUCAUGAACUGGAAGUGAUGACUGAUAAAUCUGUAAAGACAGAGAAAAGAGUUGGCAGUUUUAGUGUUCGACAAUCAACAGGUGGGGCGAGUGUUAUGGAGAUGGCGCCAAGGUCAUGAUCGCUUUCGCAAUCCUAAGGAUGCUGUGAACAACCCGAAACUCAGUCUGUGAACAGCAGAAGUCCCGGACUUUUAGACAGAACCAAAUGAUGCUGUGAAUCGCCUCUUGACUUUUCCCAUCGGAGAUUAGGACGAUGAUCCUCGUUAAGAAAAGUUCUUUAAUGACCAGGUGAACAAAUCCCUCUUCCCGAAAGACUUGCAGAACUUUGUGUUGUCGUAUCGAAUCUUCAAGGACCUGUCCACCAAGAAAAUGACCAGGACCUCCAAGGAUACUCGUCUCUUCGCGCCAUUCACCAAUGACUGCGGUAGGAUCUGCCUCGUCGUGGUCUUCCUGGGCUUUCUGACAGGGACGUCCGCGAUACGAAUCAUGGAGAUGACGGUGCCCCCUCGAGUCCAGGCUGGGGAAUUGGUCACCCUGGCCUGCCACUUUGACCUCGAGGGAAAGACGCUCUACUCUCUCAACUGGUGGCGGGGCUCUGACCAGUUCUACCAGUUCAGCCCCAACAGUCAGGAGCCAAAGACUGUGUAUUACUCGCCCGGCAUCACUGUUGAUGUGGAUCUGUCGGGGCGCGAAGUGGUCGUCCUGCGGAACGUCUCCAAGGAUACGGCCGGGCAGUACAAAUGCGAGGUCUUAGCCGAUUACCCAAGCUUCGAGAAGGACUCGGAAAUCACUGACAUGGAAGUUAUAGAAGUACCCAAACAACCGCCAAGCAUAUCAGUGAGGAGAAUCCAUUGGACCCCCAACGAAACUCUUAUGGCCAAUUGUACCACCCAGGACGUUACUCCACCUCCCGAAUUGCAAUGGUACAUCAAUGGAGAUAAGUUACCUUCAAACUACUCUCGAAUGGCCGUUCCUGAAUCGACGAACUCCUACGUAACUUCGGAGGGAAACUCCAGCGGGGACCAGACGGGCCUUUUGUUCCGAAUGUCGCAGCUCAAAAUCCUGUUGGACCCUCUACAUUUCGGCAGAGGCGGCCAGGCGACUCUCACCUGUGCAGCCACACUUCCGGGAAUAUACAAAAGAAGGUCGAAAGAAGUGGCCUUGACGCUACCCGGCUUCAGAGCUGCGUCACCAUCUCAGAAACUGUACGGGUCGGCCAACGCUCACUUGGGAGAGUCUUCAUACCUCAACAUGGUGGUGACAUUUGUACUAAUAAAAUUUUUGUAAAGAACGCUCUGUCGCGCACUUCUAUACUUAGUUCUCCUCGUCGUGUCUCUCGUGUAUAUUUAACCGUAGGUUCAGGAGACACGUCUAGAUGUUCUUUCGCAGGUUAAUGUAAGAUACUGAUGUAGCCGAGUACGAGUAUGAUACGAAAUCAUUCACUGUACACAAGUUGGUCAGUCAUUGUAUGUUACAAGACAUAUUAACUGCCGUAUCUUAACUCUUGGCUGGAAGGAAUUUGAUGUUACCUCAUUUCGUUUCGUUACGUCAUUUUGCAGAGUUCAGUUAUUUGACAGGGUGACGGUGAUAUCAUGUAUCAGUCAACAGAUAUUUCAUAUUUUUGGACAUAAGGAACAUUUACAGUACAGUGGUUGCCUUAGAAUGGAAAAGUCAUUGUCAAGGCAUCAUAGUAAGGCUUAUUAAUGUCAUUCAUAGAAAAUGACACUUGAAACACAAAUGUUGAUAUGGGAAGUUGCAUAUUAAUUACUUUAAAAAAUAGAUUAAGUUUUAAAGAAACGUUAUUAUUUGGAGAAUUACUGUUAGAUCCUCCUUGUACAAUCAAUGUUAUUCUUUUCAAAAUCGUUCGUACCUACAUAUAUAAUUAUCGUAAAAGGAGUGAUCAUAUUAAU